AGAGCCAGAGUGGAACCAGAUAACAAACAACUCAUAUUCAUCUACAUGUUAACUGGGACACACAGGAAUCAUGCUACGCAAGCGUAAAACUGUAAAUUCCACAGCUAUUACUGCCCACAAAAUCUUUUCACAAUGAUUUAUUAUUGUCCCUUGAUCAGAGCCACAGACCUCCUUACGAACGCAAUUUGUCUUCACUUAUAAGAGAUAAACUUUGUUAAUUUUCCGAGAAAAAGACUACUACAUAAACCAACAAGCACAUGAAUCUCCUCCUUGUGGGGGCUCUUACAGUGAGAAGAAAUAUUAAAAUAAACGAAACCUUUUGCAAUUGUCUGCACUCUUUGGACAGAGGAUAACUCUAGAGAUUCUCCGCUAAAUAUACAUUUCUACCCCUGAUAUGUUAAGGGGCCAAAAAACCCUCAGGAAUCAGUAAUCUGGUAGGCAAGAUAUCCCAGCAAUGAGCAAGUGUUUGGCAGUGUUGAUUAUGAUUCUUUCAUUGUUGCUGGAUGUGCAAUCCCAAGGAACCCCAGAGAGCAUGCAAGAUAUGCCUCAAACCAUUCACCCCAGUAAAGGGAUUAUAAUAGCGAUCCUCACCGUGAUGUUUGGCAUAUCUUUUCUGCUUCUGGCUUAUGUAAAGUUCUGUAAAAGCCGUUCGACCGAGUCUCUGAACCGAGAUAUGACCAUUCCAGGAUUAAGUCGAUCAGGGUCGAGAUAUUCCGGGAUAGACAAGCAAGUGAUCGAAGCACUGCCCUUUUUCAAGUUCUCUUCACUCAAGGGGUCAAAAGAAGGCCUAGAAUGCGCCGUUUGCCUGUCCAAGUUCGACGACGCCGAGGUUCUUAGGUUGCUGCCCAAGUGUAAGCAUGCUUUCCACAUGAAUUGCAUCGACAAGUGGCUCGAAUGCCACUCGACCUGCCCUCUUUGUAGGUACAAGGUUGACCCUGGUGACAUCAAGACCUUCAAUUCCUCCAUCAGCUCCAGGUUCCUUCGAGUUCCUUCCGACAUCACAGAGGUCCCCGAUCUUGAAAUCUUCGUCCAGAGGGAGCAAUCAAGCCAGGGCUCUUCCAUAUUUGACAACUGGAAACCUGCGCACAGGCUCAAUCACAAAAUAGUCAUAUCCGAUGUUGCCACCAGAAGCAGGUGGAGUGAUCUUAAUUCCUCGGACUUGCUGUCGUUGAAUUCUGAGAUCCUCAGUGCCAUGUCGAGCGCCACAUUCUCCGCUUCCAACGAGGAAGACAACUCGUUCACGCUGCUUAACGCUCCAGGGGAGAAGAGAUCCAUGUCGGAGAUUGCCAACGUGGCGAGAUUUGCAGAGAUCAGCGUGCACGACGAUGUGAGGGAAGAGAGAGUGAGGAGGAUUUGGUUGCCGAUUGUGGAGCGAACACUGCACUGGUUUGCGGGACGAGAGAGCAACACGAGAGAGUCGGAACACAAAGGAUUUGCUUCAAAUGUUUGAUCGUGAAUUUACUGUGCACUGUGCUGUGCUGUACUAGGUGCCCUGUCCUGCGCUUGCUGAUUUUGUCGGUGUGAUCAGAUUUAUAGUACUCAUGUAUUUAGAAGAAGAGGAAUUUCAAAUCGCGUCGGAUAUUUCGGGAAAGUCAUUUGCAAAAUCUCGAUAAAACAAAUAUCGAACGGCGGGUUUUUUUCUCCCCCCUCUUUUUCUGUGCUCUUUUUUCCCCUGCGUUCCUGAAAUUCCGGCUUCUUUUGUUUUUCUGUUGAGCAUGCACACAAUCUUUUCCUUUGAAGAAAAAUAUCUUUCUUUUUUU